AUGUCAAGCGUUGGACAGCCACCCCAUGAAGUUGGAAAUGACCAAGUGAAGUCAGCAAUUACAGUGCUGGUCUUGGGUGACGAGGGUGUGGGGAAAUCUUCGUUGAUCUCCACAUUUGUUUCUCGACACUUCUCAGAGGUUGUUCCCGGAAUCAUGACGCGAGUGCGUUUGCCUCCAGAUCCGCUAAACGCUAGCAUCACUACAAUUGUGGACUCGCAAGGCGGUGACGUGGCUCUGUCUUCGGUCACAGCAACCUUAUCACUAGCAACUAGUGGUAGUGGUGAUGGCCUGAGCGGCUCUGAACGUAGGGCUUCGAGUGCGUCACUCUCCUCCUUGCGCAAAAGCAUUUCGAGCAACACCCUGAGCAAUGUCGGAAUCGUUGAAAUGGUGGAUUCGAUUAUUCUGGUAUAUGAUUUGGACCGAGAUGAGACCUUCUUUCGUCUCGAGAAUCACUGGUUGCCAUUGAUUGAACGAUGUUACAAUGGGGAGGUUCCAGUAAUUGUGGCAGGAACCAAAAUGGACCUCUUUCUACCAUCAAGUAUUGCAGGAGUUACUGACGAGCAAGUGCUCGCUCGAUCUAGGCAACAGGUUGUCAGUCUCAUGCAACGUUUUCGGUUUAUCCGACAAUGCAUCAAGUGCAGUGCCAAGAACCUUCUUCGAGUAGAUGAUGUAUUUCUGAAAGCCCAACAGGCAGUCUUUUACCCUAUUGUACCCAUCUACAAUUUGGAUGUUGGCAAGCUUUCAGAGAAUUGUGAAAGAGCCUUUACCCGCAUCUUUCGCAUGUAUGACAGAGACCACGAUGGUCUGCUAAGUCACUCGGAAUUGGAUCGAUUCCAGCAUGACACCUUCCGUGUCUAUAUCUAUGAACGGGACUUGGCUGGUUGGAAGAAAGUAGUUACCCGCAACAACCCAAAUGCUGAAGUUGUCCGGGAAGGAAAGUUCACUGCUGAUGGUUUUCUUUCCAUCUUUGAUGUGUUUAUAUGCCAAAAUCGCUUGGACGUUCCAUGGACGGCCCUUCGAAAGUUUGGCUACGAUAACGAUCUGAAUUUGAACCUUCCACAGUCAAUACUUUAUGGAUUGGACGGAGCUGACUUCUCUUGGAAGCUGUCAGCAAGUGCUAGACGAUUUCUUGCUGACGUUUUCCUUCAAUUUGAUUCGGACAAGGACGGAGUUUUGUCAUUGGAAGAUAUCGAAAAGAUCUUCUCUGUUGUUCAAACUCACUCCCUCCCUCCAUGGCAUCUAAAUCGCUCCGCUGAUUUAUUCCGAGGUUGCUUCAGUCUACCGACAAUGCCAACAGAUUCGGCCCCAUCCGGAUCGGAAGCGUUAAGGGAAGUGAUUGCGUCAUCGCAGUCGCUAUCUACUAGUGGCAUUACAAUUAUCAGUGGGGCGACCUUUCCAACUCUUGAUUUGCCCUCCACAGCCGAAGAACCAACAAUUAAUGUUCCUUCAAAGCCCCUUUCCUUUUUGGAUUGGAUGGGCCUGUGGCACGUGGCAUCAGCAGUUUCGCCCGCAGUUGCAAGAGCUGAACUCUUUCGAUUGGGGCAUGUGGAAAAUUAUCAGAGGAAACGCAAGAAUCAAGACAUUGCGAGCCGAGCAGCGAUUGAACCGAACAGCCGCAACCUAGACAUGAGAUUGCCAUCACGAGAAGUCCGUGUCUUGCUACUCGGUAGUCCAGGAUGCGGCAAAACAGCCUUGUUGAAUUCAUUGCGCUGUUUGGAGGACCCCCUUUCUACUUCGAAGACACCCAUACCUAUGACUUCCAGCGUCCAUGUUCGCGUCAAGAAGAAUCUUUCGAAAGGAAGCGAUACCGAGGAAACGAUUGUUGUGCACCUCGUGAUUACUGACGUUCCUGAAGCCAAAGCGGAGAACCAAGCGUUGAGGAAAAAACACCUCACGCAAAUGCUCACUCCUGGAAACUGCGAUUUGGUGAUGCUUGCAUUUGAUUCAACGAACAGUGCCAGCCUUGCAUAUGCGAAUCAUCUUGAAGACGAAUUCCUGAUAGAUGACAUUCCACGUGUGUAUGUUGCAACCAAGGCAGACCAAUCCGCAUUGGAAGCUGGCGAUUCUAGUGGGGUAGAAGGAAAUGACACUCAGGUCAGCGUCAUUCAACGGGCUGCUCUUCACUGCAGGGAUCUGGAUUUGGAGCCACCUUUGGUGACAUCAGCAACCUCCUCCAUGUUGGGCGCUGAGGGUGACCAUGGGGAGAAAAGCAGGUGCUCAGUUCUCGAACAUCUGGCUCGCUCAUGUGUUUUUGAAGCGGGGAUCGAACAGCUGCGUGCCAAACCACACGAGGAAGAGAAGCGUCGGGACGCAGCGAAGCAACGAUUCCAAAAGAUGCUUUGGUUGGGCGUUGGAUCUGGAGUAGCAGCAGCCUUUGUUGGUUUGCUGUGGCCCACAAAAAGCAAAGGUGGCCGAUUUGGCUGGUUAAAGAGUUUGUUCAAUAGGCAUUCGGCUGUCAUGUAG